AUGGAGAUCACACCUGGAGGAGAAGCAAAACCUAAAACUGAUCGAUUGAAGAAUGAUAAGAUAAUUAGAAAAUUUGAGAAUGUUGAAUCUGAAGUUCUUGAAAUUCAUGACGAAGAUCUAAGAGCUCAUAUAGUAUAAAUAUGCCAGACUGAUCUACCAGCUUUGAGAUUUAUUAAAACUUUAAAGCUUGAAAGAUGCCAACUUGAUAUGUUUGCGCCAAAUACAUUGAGUUCAACUCUAUAGAACUUAUCACUUGAAGGAAAUAAAUUGAGUAAAUUGGAGGUUUAUUUUGGCGUUAAUAAAGACGAAGAGUACAAAUUAGAAAAUAUCUUAGCAGAAAUAGAAUAAGAAACUUUGAUCCUAAUUGGAAUUUCAAAGAUUUUGAGAAUUUAAGAGAAAUAGACUUAAGCUCUAAUAACCUUGACUAAUUUCCUCUCAACAUAAAAGAUUGUCCAAAACUUUAAGCUAAUUCUAAAUGUAAACCCACUAACCGAAUUGAGUGGACUGAUAAGAUAUCUAAAAAAUCUAAGAGUACUGGGUAUAGCUCAUUCAAAAAUCUAGGAACUGCCACCUUAGAUAGCAAACCUAUAAAAUAUGAAAUAAAUAGUAGUAGAGAAUACUCCCCUCAAGGUUCCAAAGCUAGUGUGUGCUGAAAGAGGCUUUGAGGCUAUUAAGGAAUUCUUUAAUGAGUAGAGGUAGAGAAACUAAGAUGUAGCAACGAAUGAUGAUGAUCAAAACUAAGAAAAUAAAAAGUCCUAAGAAUAAAGACCAAAGUCUGUCGAUUCAGAAAGUGAAGAUGAUGUUGACUAGACUUUAAUGCAGGAUAAAUAUUUCUAGGAGUAUGGAAUGAAGAAAAAUAAAUUAGUUUCGAAGCAGUUUGCAUACGCUGUAAUUGACAAGAUGUAAAAAGCUUAGAAUAUUAAUCUAUAUGAUCAUGAGAAGCUGAAUGAAUACAAAGAUAAAGAGCAUGAAUUUGUUUAAGCUUAUGAUGAGGUACUGAAGGAGUAUAUUGACCAAGAUAAGUUAAACAUGCUUCCAGACUUUUUUAAAAAGAAUUAGAUGGUUAAGUAAAUUAAAGAUCAAAGAAGAGCUGCCAGAUUUGACUUUCCUUCUUUGUAAAAGUCAGGAUUGCCUGAAGAGUAAUCAAAAUUUGUCAAUAAACUAGAUUAAGUUAUGGCUGAUAAUCCUCUAAACAGAGUUAUUGCCUUGAUUAGAUUUUAAAACUUCGAACUCUUUAAGAUCCUCAUAGAAUUAAUCAACAAAAUGGACAUUUAUCGAUUGAAAUUUGUAAUAGCAUAUGUGACUACCUAUCUGGAUGAAUUUCUGACGCUUUGUGAUUUGAAAGCCUAAAUAGAUCCAAAAAUGAUAAACUUUAAGGAUGAAUUUGACCCUGAAUUGGUAAUAUCCCUAGUUGAUGUAGUUAUUUAGCUUGCUCAAUUUUAAAAAGGAACUUAAUAAAAACAAUAAUACGAUUAAAUUGAAAAUAGAAAAGACUGA